AUGAAUAAAAGUAAAACCUAAAAUUUCCAUCUUUAUGAACCAUAGCGUGCUCUAUAAGGUCACAAAGCACAGAUUUAUGUAGCUAAGUUCAACUUUGAUGGAUAAUAUUUAUUAACUGGUUCUUAGGAUAGAUCUAUUAUAUUAUGGAAUCCAUAUAAGGAAACAUAACUAAAAUAAUAUUUUGGGGCACAUAAUUAUGAAGUAUAAGACCUAGAUAUUCUAUAAGAUAAUUCUAAAUUUGCAUCUUGUGGAGGAGAUAAAAUUGCUUUUUUGUGGGAUGUGGCAACAGGCCAGGUGAUUAAAAAAUUUGGACCUCAUAGUACUAGAAUAAAUUGUAUUGGAAUAGGAGGAGAAUAAUCUAUUUUAGCUACAGGAGGAUAUGAUUGUGAAGUGAAAAUAUGGGAUUUAAAAGAUAAAAAGCAAAAUUAGCCAAUACAAAGAAUCAAAAACUUUUAAGAUAGUGUAACCUAAAUUUCCUUCUUUAAUCAUAAUAUGGUAGUUUCCUCAGUUGAUGGACAUAUUAGAACUUUCGAUCUAAGAAAAGGAAUAAUUUAAGAAGACUUUGUUAAGGCAGGAAUCUUUAAAUUUAGUUCUAGUUUCGAUGAUAGAUUAUUUGCAUUAAGUUGCAAUGAUUCUAUAAUUAGAAUUUUAGAAAAGAGUUCUGGGACAAUCUUAGCUGCUCUCUAAGGUAGCCAUAUCAGUAAUUAGUAUUCAAUUAAUUGCGAGUUUUCUUGGAAUGAUGGGAUGUUAUUAACAGGCUCUGAAGAUGGAAAAUUGUUAAUUUAUGAUAUCCUCACAGGAAAAUGUCAGAUAACAAGAAAACUUCAUGAUAAAUGCUUAAGUUCUAUAACCUUGAGUAGGUAAUAAAAUGCCUUUGUUACAGCAUCAUAUGACAAUGUUGCAUUAUUGUGGAUGGAAUAAAAUUGA